CCCAUGAACGGCUCCGAGUCCAUCUCCAUUCACCCGGAGAGCGGCACCAUGAAAGACCAAGACGCCAUCAAACUGUUUAUCGGGCAAAUCCCGCGCAACUUGGAGGAGAAAGACCUGAAGCCACUAUUCGAACAGUUUGGGAAAAUCCACGAACUGACAGUGUUAAAGGACCGAUACACCGGCAUGCACAAAGGUUGUGCGUUCCUCACCUACUGCGCCCGCGAGUCAGCCAUCAAAGCCCAGAACGCCCUCCAUGAGCAGAAGACGCUGCCAGGGAUGACUCGCCCCAUCCAGGUGAAGCCAGCUGACAGCGAGAGUCGUGGAGAAGACAGGAAGCUGUUUGUGGGGAUGCUGAACAAACAACAGACGGAGGAGGAUGUCUAUCGCCUGUUUGAGCCCUACGGAGUCAUCGAGGAGUGCACUGUGCUAAGAGGUCCUGAUGGAAACAGUAAAGGCUGCGCGUUUGUCAAGUUCUCCACACAUGCUGAAGCUCAGUCUGCAAUCAGUGCGCUGCACGGCAGUCAGACCAUGCCGGGUGCAUCAUCCAGUCUGGUGGUCAAGUUUGCUGACACAGACAAGGAGCGCACCAUCCGGCGCAUGCAGCAGAUGGUGGGCCAGUUCGGCAUCUUUAACCCGGCCAUAGCACUGCCCUUCAGCACCUACAGCAGCUACGCACAUGCACUGAUGCAGCAGCAGGCGGCCCUCAUGGCUGCGAGUCACGGUGGCUACCUGACGCCCAGCGUGGCCUUCCCAGCCACCCAAAUCCACCAGAUGGGUGCGCUGAACAUCAACAGCCUCCCUCCCACCCCCAUGACCCCGGUGUCGGGCCUUAGCUCACCACCUGCAAACAUCACGUCUUCAGCUGUGCCCAGCAUCGUCACUCCAAUUGUCAACGGCUUCACUGGCAUCCCUCACCAGCCCAACGGUCACCCAGCAGUGGAAGCUGUGUAUGCCAAUGGCCUGCCCCCUUACUCUACCCAAAGCCCCACUGCUGCUGACACUCUGCAGCAGGCCUUCACUGGUGUGCAACAGUACACAGCCAUCUAUCCGGCAACCACACUGACCCCUAUUGGACAAAGCUUGCCACCACCACCGCAGGUCAUUCAACAGCAGCAGCAGAGGGAAGGUGAGGGCCCUGAGGGCUGCAACCUCUUCAUCUACCAUCUACCACAGGAGUUUGGCGAUAAUGAACUCAUGCAGAUGUUCCUGCCAUUUGGGACAGUCAUCUCCUCGAAGGUGUUCAUGGACAGAGCCACCAACCAGAGCAAGUGCUUCGGCUUUGUGAGCUUCGACAACCCAGCAAGUGCACAGGCCGCCAUCCAGGCCAUGAACGGCUUUCAGAUUGGCAUGAAAAGGUUGAAAGUGCAGUUAAAACGGCCGAAGGAUGCCAGCCGCCCCUACUGA